AUGCAGGGCUUGGAGCUCCCAUACUCCAACACUGACCCCAUCUAUGACCUGCUGGAGUGUGAGAAUGGACUGGGGCUGCAGAGCCAUGGCCACAUGGUCUACAAGACCAGGGGCAACAGUGUGACAGGCCUGACUGAGCCUCCCAACCUGGACAUGGCUCCCAAUGCAUUUGAUGAUCAGUAUGAGGGCUGUGUUGAAGACAUGGAGAGAAAAGCACCCCAGCUGUUACAAGAAGACUUCAACAUGAAUAAGAAAUUAAAACUUGAGUGGGAAAUGGCAGAGAAACGAUGGAAGGAGAUAAAAAAUGCAAUGAGCACUCCCAAAGGUUUCCAUGACUUCCACGGAACGGCUUUAGUGGCCUACACUGGGAAAAUUUACAUAGAUUUUAACAGAGCAGUUAGAACAUUCAAAGAAAAUCCUGGUAACUUCCAUUACAAGGCCUUCCAUUACUACUUAACAAGAGCCCUUCAGCUUCUGAGUACCAAAUGCUACGAUGUUUACCGAGGCACCAGUAACAAGUUUCAUUACAGUGGGAAGGGCUCUGUGCGGUUUGGGCAGUUCGCUUCCUCAUCUUUGGAAGAGAGAGUAGCUCUUGAAGGCUUUGGUGGUGAGAGUGGGACACUGUUUAUCAUCAGAACCUGCUUGGGGGUUAAUAUAAAAGAAUUUUCCUACAAACCUGAACAAAAGGAGGUAUUAAUUCCAGGCUAUGAAGUAUUUCCCAAAGUUACCAAAACAGCAAGUGGAAAGGGGUAUGACAAAAUUUUUCUGCACUCCCCUGAAAGAAAGGAAAGCAACUUCAAUUGCUUCUAUAGCGGUUCUACCGACAAGAGCCAUUUCAGCAGCUCAGCAACCCUGCUGCUUGUGGUGCUCCCUGGUCUCCUGGUCCAGCUGCUGUUUCCUCUUGCUGAGCUGUAG